CAUGAGCGGCGUUCUAACCACGUGAUUCCAAAAUACUGCAGGAAAAACAUGGCAGACAGAGAAAGAGAUACAGCGAGUAUCGAAACCGGUAACAGUUCGGCAGGCCAAGCGCUGGGCCCCAACAGCGCGACAGACACAGCGAUCUUCGGCCAGAUUCGGGGCUCUGAUCCCGGGACAGACGCAGACUCGUACAUGCCUGUCCCUAAAAGGUCAGGCAGUCACAAUGAAAGCGGUGUGGAAACAGCAGAAGAGGCUGUUGAGCCGGCAGAGCCUGACGUCAGUGAGCUGUGCAGAGACAUGUUCGACAAGAUGGCCGUGUUCCUGCAGGGAGAACUCACAGCUACUUGUGAAGACUACAAACUCUUGGAAAACAUGAACAAACUGACCAGCCUGAAGUACAUGGAGAUGAAGGACAUCUCGAUAAACAUCAGCCGAAACCUCAAGGAUUUAAAUCAGAAGUACGCAGGUCUGCAGCCGUACCUUGACCAGAUCAGUCAGAUUGAGGAGCAGGUAACAGCCCUCGAACAAGCAGCAUACAAACUGGACACCUACUCCAAAAAACUAGUAAAAUAAAACUUCAAGUGAAGCAAAGGGCUUAUGAGGCCAAGUUUAAGAAGUUAGAAAAACGUUGAAGCUCUUCUGAUAACAGCUGUGAGGUUGAGAAGGCGACAGAUGAACUGUGUUUCUUUGGCUGGCUUAAUCCUGAUGUUCUUGUCCACGUGUCGCUCAGUAUGCAGUGGAGUUUUUGACAUGUGGAAAACCGUACGACCUGGAUUAAGAAGGUGGCGCCUUGAGAUGUUGCUGAUACUGAAAGCAGAAAAAAACAACUUUUAAACAAACCUGGGUCUGUCCAUGCUGGCUUUCUAAAAUGUAUUUUCACAAAUAGAACAUUUUGGGAGAUGUCCCUAUUCCAGGCAACACUAUGGGAGGGACAUCUAGAGGUACUGUAGCAAGGGUUUGUGGCAGCGUGACAUUCUGCAUUUGUGAAUGAAGAUCGUGUGAGCGGCCACUACCAUCAACCUUUCACUUUACCCCCUGGCUUUAAAAGACAAGGGUUAAUGUUUAAAGUCCAUUUUCAUUGUUGAAGUUGCUGUCGACCUAGAGAGAACAUAUUGUAGUUGUGGCAUUGCAAGCCAUGUUAACAGCCCCACUAUGUAGAAGUACACGGUACCCUUGUUUAAACCUGUGUUGCAGACUUAAAAAAAAAAAAAAAAAAAAAAAAAAAAAAAAAAAACCUUUACAAUUAGGUGAUUGCCAUUAAAGUAUUCAAGCAUAAGUAUCAAUACCACUCCUAAAACACCUCCAAAGAUUGCAACAAAGGGUUAGAUGCAUUGUCCCUGUAGGCAGCUACGGUAGCUGGUAGACUCGUGGGCCAGUCUGUUAGAUUUGUUUCCAUUUGUUUUAAUAGCUUGAUAAGUAUCUUGUUUGCUGGUCCUGUGCACAGUUAUAUUAACCCUAGUAGUAGUGACCCCAGUGUUUCCAGAUUCCCCUGCCCUGCAUUCCAGGGCCACCUUAUUUAAAGUCCUGUAUUGGAUUCAACAUAAGUUAAUUGGAGCCAGUCAAAAUGAACAUAGUGAAACAGCCCAAGCACUUAAGAAAUGAGACUGAUUAAAGUGUUGCUCAGAUCAGCCUAAACCCUGAUGAGCCCCAGCUUGAAGUUUAUUAAAGCAUUUUACAGUAUUGAGGAACCUCUCUUGAUUGCAUCAGCCACCUUACAUUGGUUAUCCUGGGAUAAGUGCAAUCUAGGGCCAUUCCCUGUUACAGUAAAAUGCUUGUGGCUUAGCCCAAUGGAGUAUGGGUUGAUCAACUCAAGAGAUUAUGGGGUAGUGCUGCUGAGUAGUUAAACAAGGACCUACCUUCACACAUCACUGCUUAAUAGAAAAACUCUUCCAUUCUACAGUGACCCAGAGUGAAACAGUGCGCCACACGCAGGGCCUGUUUGAAUGGCGGCGCGCUACUGGCCUGGCACAUGGGAAAUUGCAAAGUUUUGCAACUAUCACACACGCUCAUCAACAAUGUUUGUGUUCCUGUCAACUUGUAAACCUGAUAAGUGUUGUUUGUAAAGGCCAUCAAUUUUCUUAUUGGUAAUAGCAAAAGGAUGAAUGGUCCCACUUUCUUCUGUUGGUCAUCUUAUACACUUCAAUUUGGAAUGUCAUAUUUAAAAAGACAAUAAGUAGAUGAAAAGGAGCUGCUGCUUCCUGGUUCCUAAUUGCUUCAUGUGCUAAAUUUAAACUUGACUGCAGCCUGGCAUUAACCUUGGGAGGAAACACAGUAUGACUACCAGCCACCAGAUGGCAGCAUUGCCCUAUUAUUAAGUGGGUACACCACAGAGCUUCUGCAAUGUUAUGUAUCGUUUUGUAUAGUAUAAAUAAGUGAUCUACAGUAAAUGUUUUAGUAAAUAAGAGGUCAUGAAUGUAGGUAAAAUUAUUUGAACCUUUGAAUUUUAAACACUUGAGUUUACAGACUAUCACUAAUCUUGCACUGUCCAUACCAAAGGUAACAUUAGGUAGUCUAAGUUUACUGCUUCCAACCUUGAAAUCAUCAGCAUAAUAAUAAUAAUAAUAAUAAUAAUAAUAAUAAUAAUAAUAAUAGAAAAAAUGUGAACUGAACUUUCUUCAUAUGGGACUGAUCACCCUCCAGACAUUCACUCUGAAAUGUGCUUCCAGUCCAGGAACUGUUUGUACCAUUCAGAGCUUAACAACACUCUGAUACGGUAACACGGCAGAGUAACGAGAGAAAGAGAGGGGAAUGCAGCCCACUUGUGGGGUGGUUCACCACAUCACCACAGAAACAUUUGAUAGUUAAAAACAUAUAUCCAAUUAGUAUAUAAUAUUACAAUAGAAUUGGAUGAGGAAUGGGAUUGUUGUGGCUGGCUCUUGGAAAUGCUCCUGAUGCUAAUUUGGCAGGCUUUUUUUUCAGAGCCUUCUUAAAGAGCUCAGCUGGGUGGGAUUACUGUCUGAUCUUGUGAUGAAGAUGUAAGAGAUUAGUGCGGGGCCUCACUGCUAAACACUAGGACAUGUGUUCUUAUGCGUUUUGACAGGAUCUGUGCCAGAGAACAGAUGGUUCCGUCUCCAUUAUCACUUUUACUCUCGUGGCUUUAUUAGAAUCGGUUUCACUACCUUAUUAUUCUUUGUGCAAUUGAAUUUUAUAAACCAAUAAUAAAACUGGAGAUCCAA